CAUGCCUGGAUCGUGACGUGGCGCUGACACCGCGUGAGCUCUGCAUCUUUAAAACAGAAGGACAAAAAGCAGAAAAAAAGAAACCGAAAGAAAAACAGACAAGCUGCUCAGUCAUAACUGUGGGAUGAUAAGGACUACCUCUUUUUACUUUUGGAGAGAGUCGAGCCGUUAGGAGAGCAUUCAGCAUCAGCUGUUCAACACUGGUCUCUCAUUGCUGGAAGUCGGGGCUGAAUCAGUCACAUGACAGAACUGGAGGCAGAGAUCUAGAGAAAAGGCACAGCAUUUCGGCUAGCACCGCCAUACUGUAUUUUGAGCCAUAUCACAUUUUUAUUGCAACAUUUUACUCCCGCUCGGUGAGUACAUUUCCAAUGGCUUUUUUGUAAGCAUUUUUUGUCUUUUUAAUUGCCCCCCCUUUUUUUGUUAUUUUUCCUCCUUUUGCUGAUGGUUGAAUUGAGCAUUGACAUGGUGGUUUUGAGCGUUUUUCCACAUCCAGGCUUCAAGUUUUUAGCAUGCAGUUAUUCUGAUCGAGAGUGCCAAGAGGGUAAACGGGUGCGUUAUCGGGAUUGAGAAAGCCUUUACUUGCUUGCAGUUUUGUUUCGAGGGUCGAAACCAAGCAGGUUUUGUCAGUAUUGAGAUUUUUCGAACAUUUAUUGGUGGUUUUGAAACAUUUUUAAUUUUUUUCUCUUUUUUUUCUUUUUUGUUUCUGUCGACUUUUGCUGUUGCUAUGCUUUGGUUUGCAUUUUGCAGUGUUGUUUGUUGCCUUCGAGUUUUGUGAUUUUGAUGUCUCGGUGAAAUCACCACCGAUCCGAUCCUUGCUUUUACUUUGCUCCUCUUUUCUUUAUGGAAAAAAAGAGGGGGAAUCAUUUUUAAAGCCCGAUGACAUUUUAACGUGCUACUUUUCUUGCAGCUGAGCUCACAGGUUUGUGGUUUUUGUUUUUGGUUUUUUGUGUUCCUCUCUUUUUCCGAUUUCAUUAUACUUUUGCUGGUGGCAGUGUCAAGUAUUUUUUGGAUGUUAUUUUUUUGACUAGAUGAUGCUGGGUGGACGAGGGGAGUUUUGAUUCUUGGGGGAGUUCAAUGCGUUCUUGUUUUCAACGAGGAUGAACAGACAUUUUCCCUCUUGCAGGAGGGCAACUGGAGGAGAAUGACUGGUAAAACUCAGACCAGCAACGUGACCAACAAGAAUGACCCUCGUUCCCUCAACUCCAGAGUCUUUAUUGGCAACCUCAACACAGCCAUCGUCAAGAAGACCGACAUAGAGGUCAUCUUCGCCAAGUAUGGCAAGAUAGUCGGUUGCUCUGUGCACAAGGGUUACGCCUUUGUACAAUACAUGAACGAAAGGAACGCCCGAGCAGCGGUGGCGGGGGAAAACGCCCGUAUCAUUGCUGGACAGCCUCUUGACAUAAAUAUGGCCGGGGAGCCCAAGCCAUACAGGCCCAAAGCGGGCUCCAAACGGCCGCUCUCAGCUGUCUACAGUGGUUAUGAAUUUGAUUACGAGUACUACAGGGAUGAUUUCUACAGCAGGCUUUUUGACUACCAUGGCAGAGUGGCCCCCCCACCCAGAGCUGUGAUCCCGCUGAAACGUUCCAGGGUGCUCGCUCCCUCCUCCCGCCGUGGGAAGACCUCCUUCCCCAUCAAAACAUCCUCCUCUUCCUCGUCUUCAUCCUCCAGACCUCCCACAUCAUCCUCCUCCGCCGGAGUGAAAUUAGUGAAAACGGACCAACUUCAGACCAUUAAACGAGAGCUCACUCAGAUCAAGAUGAAGAUUGACUCUUUGCUGGGACGCCUGGAGAAGAUUGAGAAGCAGCAGAGAGCUGAAACCGAGGCUCAGAGAAAAUAUGAGGACAACUGUGACUCCCUGCAUGAGGAGUCUGUGUCAGAGACGGCAGAAAACUCUGGAGAGGAGGCCGGCGAGGGGGCGCUGGACGUAGAGGCGGGAGAGAUGACCGAUGGAGGCGAGGAUGACUAUGACGAGGAGGGUAGCCACCAUCUGAUAGAAAACCACGUAUCGGAUAUUGACAACUGAGAUCAGGGAGAGGAAGCAGACGCUCCUGGACGGUGGUAUUAGAAUUCAUCAUCACCUUCAAGAGACAGGAAAUGAUCUGUAAGGGAUCAAGACACCCAUUCAGGACUGUAAGUUGUGUAUGAGAGACGCCGAAUCACAUUUAGAUGCCUGACUGUGCAGCUCAAACAAAAUGUGAUGUGAUGAUCUCUAAAGAAAAUAUAUUCAAGACCCAUUUUAAUUCAGUGGCCUGAGUUUACUUCAUGUGCAACUUAUAUUUCAUUGGAAGAACUCGCACUCUAAUCCUGAAACUGAAAAAAAUCAAACCGAAGUCAAAGAAAUAAAAGGAUUUAUUUGGAUUUCUAAAUGAAAUUAUGUUCAAAGAUGGAAAUGUUUUUGAUCUAUUGUUACUGCUCUUCUGAAAUGUCCUUGUGCUGUAAUUUCUGUUUUUCAAAGAAUUUUUGUUUAUGCUCAAAUAUCAAAUGAAUAAAUGACAGAACAAUCUGUGACCGUGGUAGGAAAUUCAGCAAAAGAAUGAAACAUCGCUGCCGUCUGCUUCGGAUUUGACUCAUACAUAAGCCAAUAGCUGUGAGCAUAACUUUAUCCAGCUUUAUCCAUUUAUCACACAAAUGCCCUGUGGGGCUGUUCCAUCAUAUAUUCCAACUCCUGCCAAGUUUCAGAAGCAGAAAGGGCUUCCUGUGGUAGAGCGCCAACACUGGCACAGGCCUCCUGCCAGGGAGCAGUGCCCUAACGUCUCAGUGCACUCCUCCCCGCUCAGCUUGUGCAUCCCAACAUGGACUGCUGCUGUUCAGGAGCCAGCGCCUUUCUCCUUCACCCUCUCCUUCUGCAUCCUGCAUUGAUUCCAUUUUAUCUAGUCGAGCCAGCAAAGUAAGGUUUUUUGAAAUGGUGGAACUUAUUAUGAUUUUAAAUUAAACAUUGGCAGGCUUUCAUACUAUCUCAGGAUGAGAUCUUUGAUUCAGAACCCCGAAAUUUCUUGAAUAAUCGAACUUGAAAUAAAGCGUAGUGCUCCAUUAAAGCAACUUCACUAGGCACUGAGAUGAUUUGACCGUUCACUCGAUGCAGCUUACGAACAGUAAAAAAGAAAACACUGGAAUUUCUUCAACUGUUUAUGUGGAUUGCAUAACAAUCUACAUAUAGUUUCAGCUUUAGCUGAGCAAUUAUAAUUUACCUGAUUAUACAUAAAUUGCUGCAAAUUGAAUUACGUCGCAAGUGAAUGGAUGACAGCGCGUUCAACGUGUUCGUUAUUCAAAUCAAGUUUACUCUGGUAUUUUUCUGCCAUUCAAAUUUAACCACCGCAGUGUUAAUUCAAACAAUAAGAAGCUGAUGCUGUUCCAAGCCUGCUGAGAGGAGGUUGUUGUUGGGACCCAGGUGUCUCAGCUCAUUGCUGUGUGGCAUUGAUGAAGAUGCAUAUCAGCUAAAAUUCUGUUCACGCCUUCGUUACAGUAAAAACUAUCAGUGUUUUAGUGUUUGACUGAAAAGUUUCACCAUUUGUGUUCUUGCAUUUGAGUUGAUCACCUGUGUCUGAAGGGGAAAACACGAGACAGAGAAUAUUACACAUAUUAAUUUUACCAUUAAUAUUCUCGUAAAUGUCGUGGUUUAAAUGGAUGAUUGUCGUUAUUCUAUGAACAUUACAUUGACAGCAGUACUAAAUAUUCUAACUGGCCUCAGAGUAUAUAGGACCACUGUGAUACAUUAAUUAUUUUCAUGGGGAAAAAAAACAACUCCCACACCUCUGUUUGGUUUCAUAAAUCACACCCUGACUCCAGGUUUCAAAAUACUGUAGUUUAAAUUAUAAAAAUAUAAAAGCCUUAAACUGGAAUUUGGAUACCGACAAGUUCUUGCUACGCAUCGCAACACAAACAACAAAAUGAUGGGAUAACACAAUCUUUCCAUUCUUCUUCCUCAUAUUGUAUUGUUGGCAUCCCUAUUUUUUUCUCAUUUAGGUUUCAUCUUAUAAAAACUUUGUGGGACAUUUUGCAUGCUGGGAGGAUAUCCGACCCACAGGAGCUUUUAUUUUGCAAUUUUUUUUGCUAGCAGACACAAUUAACAGUCCUUGGUGAGUCCACUGAAUUAAAAGGACAUUUUUUGUGAGUUAAUGAAAACUUUGUUUUUUUAGAAUUACAGGAGAGCAUGGGCAGUGAACUGCCAGAACCUCUUCUGUAAUUUUAUACAUUUAUAAUGUAGUUUCACUAGUCCAGCCCAAUUCAGGUGUAUGUGGCCUGCAAUGUAAAAUACGUUUAAAAACCCAGAUUUAAACCGUGUGAUUGAUGCUGAACCUCUGAAUUAUCAAAGGUAUUAAUAAGAACUUCCCCAUUCUUAGAUAUGUUUAUGAUAUAGUUAAUAACUAAUAAUGCCAUGUUGCUAGUUAGCACCAUGUUGCUCCAUCAGCUACUUGAUGCAACAAAGUGAUCAGCUGGUAUGUAUUCUUUUAAAGCUAUUAGCAUAGUUUAAAGGUUCCCUAAUGAAGAAGGAUUAUUGUUUGGAGUAACGCUACUAAAAAGGUGCAUCCUGGAUACAUAAGAAGGCUAUAUAAGACAUUUUUAAUCAUGUGAUUCAGUCUUGAUGAAAGUUUCACGGGUUGUUUCUCUCAAAAUACCAAAUUAGAAACUGGUUAUAAAUAAUUCAUAUAUUGUUAAUAAUACAAAAGACUUUCUCAAUAAUUUCCUGAUAAAGCUGAAACCUUGUUUUUAAGUUGGUGUUCCUUGAAUUGCUAAAGGUUUGAUCCACCCUGGUGUAAUCAAGAUAAAAUAUAAAUUCAUCACUCAGCAUUCUUUUGAAAAACAGUGUCGUAAUUGAUCUAAAAAAUACACUCAUCUGUGGUGUUUUUUUAAUUGUUUUUUGACUGUGGAGAAAAUAAUGGUUCUCAAAAUCUAUGAAUACCAGUUAAUGUGUUGGUUGUAUUCGAAUCGAUUCUAAUUGUUCAGUGAUUUGAAAAGCGUAAAUAAAAAUUAUUGUAACUUAAAAGUACCAAACCAAGGCUAUCAAAAUUCCAUGCCACCAAGAGUAGGUAAGCAAAUUUUGUUUUGUGAUUUGGUUUAAUAAACUCCCUUCAGCAGAAGAUUUCGAAAAUGGAAAGUGACUUUGCACAAUAUUAUAAAUACACUACUCAGUCCUGGCAGGGCUACUUGGGGAAAAACAUGCAUAAAAUCAAAAAAAGAUUAUCCUGAAGUUCAUUCAAAAUAAGUAUCUGGUGAAUGAUGAUAAUGUGUAAUAUUUAGCACUAUUUUUGUAUUCCGAACAUGUUUAAAGGAAAUGGCUUUGCAACAUGUUUAUCUUUUUUGGUUUGUUUGUUUUGGGGGAGGGGUUUUUGUCUGGGUUCUUUUUUUGCUGGUAGCCUGUUUUUUGAUGGACAGUAUGGUGACGUGUCAAAUAUUCUGCAAAAACACAGAAAAAAACCCUCAUUGCUUUUAACUGUCGUAAUUUAUCUGGGUCACAUUAGAACACUUUUGGCUCAACUCGAUUUUCUUUCCGCUGUAAAUAGCCCUUAUCAUGUUUAUUUCAAAAAGGCUAGAUGAAUUUUAAAAGUUAAAAAUAAUAAAAAAUAAUACACUGACAGUUUGUUGGAGUAAUUGCAGGUUUAAACCGGAAUCGUGGGACUUGUAGAGAUGUGUAACUGAUAACUGUUGUAUAGAAAUGUACAUUUUUUUGUAAAAAUAUUUUUAUCAAAAGGCAUGUUUACUGUAACUUUGUAUUUUCAGUUCAUGUAUAAAACGUUAUAUUAUAACUGUUGUAUGAAUAGAAACUUCAUUGUCAUUGUAGAUAAAAAAUUUGUGUUAUCAAACAAUAAAAAAAACCCUGUUUGUGUCAUUUAACUAGUCAAAUGUUUCAAUGAGCACCUGUUUCCUUUUACAAAUAAAUAUGAACUU